GUUUUAUGCACCAUCUAGUGGAGACCAGAUUUGCAGAUCUCGGACAAAUCGAGCUGGAGGGAGAUCCAAAAGCGUGGCGGAGGCAGUAUCGGCGAGACCUGCGGAAAUGGUCAAUGUACUACAAUGAGUACGAGCAGAAGCUCGCCUGCCUCUCAGAUGUCACUGCGCCUACGUGAUCUGUCUAGAGGACGCUUAACCCAUGUAAUGCCGUGCACACGGCCAUGGCCAUCCCCCCCCACGACCGCAUGGAGUGGACGGCCAAGGGACAGUUUGUGAAGGCGACCCCGCAUGAGUGGCUCUUCUCUGACGUCUCUAUCAAGCCCGCAGAUGGAGUCGGCCCACCGUGGUACGGCCGGGCCCUCGUGCUGUUCCACUACCUUGACGAUGCAGGUGUGGAGGGUCGUGCCGCCUACAUUCAGUACUACACCGAGCACCCGCGGCCAUGCCCGGACACCGGGUGCAAGCGCCUGAGCCCAACGACGGGCAUCGACAACUACGCUGUCAUUGACAUGGAUUGCAUCCUAAGCCUUGCCCAUGUAGUCCCAAGCUGCACAGAGCCUGAGUACCGGCUUGUUAACCGUUUUCUCUUCUGACUCGACAUGCACGUGUCCCCUGCCACCCUUUAUAAAUUACAUUCAUUACG